AUGCGCCGGGUGGUCCCAUUGUUUCUGCGCCGAGCCCUUGUCAUCAGGAGCUAUCCCCCAGUGUCGCGCCUUUCCUCUCAGGCUUGUUGGUUGAAUAGCUCUGAUAACGAAGAGCCCAGUCAGAGUUCUGCUUAUGGUGACUAUAGAAGUCGUCGUCUGCUUCCCUUGAUCACACUAGCAGUGCGGGCUUCGAACUGGGAUGCUGCCAGAAAUAUAAGCUUCAGGGAGUGUGUGAGGUUAUACGGGCCAUCUCGGUCAGUUGGUUUGUUUGCUUUGAUUGUGCAGGCGUUCUUGCCGCGGAGAAUCAGAGAGGUCCGGCGCUUGAUUCAGAGUAUUGUUGAUUACUGUGGAAAUGCUGGGUCAGAGUUGUUUGAGUUGGCUCCUAUCUUGGUCAGCAAUUUGGGUCAGUCAAUGACGCUGUUACAAUUUUAUGCUGCGGUCAUCCGUAUUUUUGUAGAGUCGUCGAUGUUUGAGGAUGCUCUUCUCACUUAUGUUGAGGCCAAGAAUGUUGGCGUUGACAGACGUUUGUGCAAUUUCUUGCUGAAGUGUUUAGUGGAGGGGAAUCAGAUCAUGUAUGCGAGGAGUUUAUUUGAUGACAUGAAAAGUUGUGGUCCUUCACCCAAUUUCUGCUCUUAUUCAAUUUUGAUGAGUAUGUACACACAUGGAGAGAGGUUAUGCUUAAAUGAAGCUUUUGAGCUUCUUUGUGAAAUGGAAUCAAAUGGUGUGAGACCAAACGCUACAACAUAUGGAACUUACCUCUAUGGGCUUUGCCGUUCCAGACAGGUAACAUCUGCAUGGGACUUUCUUCAAACUCUUUCUCAGAGUGGAGGCCCUUGCAGCAAUUAUUGUUUCAAUGCUGUGAUUCAUGGUUUCUGUAGCGAGGGUCAGGUUGACAAAGCCAUAGAAGUGUUUCAUGGGAUGAAGAAAUGUGGGUUUGUCCCAGAUGUCCACAGCUACAGCAUAUUAGUUGAUGGGUUAUGCAAACAUGGGGAUUUAUUGAAAGGUUAUGACAUGCUUGAUGAAAUGGCAAGAAAUGGAAUAUAUCCUAAUCAAGUGAGUUACAGUUCACUUCUGCAUGGCCUUUGCAAAACUGGACAGGUUACAUUGGCAUUAAAGAUUUUCAAGAACCUCCAAGACCAUGGUUUUGAGCAUGAUCAGAUAAAUUACAGCAUCAUUCUUCAUGGCUGUUGCCAACAUUUAGAUCUCAAGGCCAUCUCUGACCUUUGGUUUGACAUGAUUCAUCAUGAUAUCGCUCCAGAUGUUUACAAUUAUACCAGUCUGAUCUACGCAUUAUGUAGACAUAGAAACCUUCAAGAUGCAUUGGGAGUGUUUGAGCUCAUGCUUGAAAAUGGGUUGAGUCCCAACAUUGUGACAUGCACAAUCCUAGUUGACAGCUUUAGCAAAGAAGGGCUAGUUGGUGAAGCCUUCCUAUUCCUGGAUAGAAUACAUCAGUCAUUGGGAAUCGUCCCAAACCUUUGCAUGUACAGAGUUAUUAUCAAUGGCCUUUGCAAGACCAACAAAUAUAGUGAUGUGUGGAAAUUUUUAGCAGACAUGAUAAAGCGGGGCUAUGUUCCUGAUGUUGUCCUUUACAGUAUUAUUAUUGAUGGCUUCGUGAAAGCUCUGAAGUUGCAGGAGGCCUUAAGGUUGUACCGUAAGAUGUUGGAUGAAGGCGUAAAACCUAACACAUUUACAUAUUCUAGCCUCAUAAAUGGGCUGUGUAAUGAUGAUAGACUUCCUGAAGCUAUGGGAUUGAUUAGGGAUAUGAUUGGGGAAGACCUGUUCCUUGACAAUGUUUUGUACACAUCUAUCAUUGCUUGCUAUUGUAGGCGUUUAAAUAUGAAGGCUGCUAAUGAAUGGCUCAGAGAAAUGGAAAGAAGUGGUGUGUUCCCAGAUGCUUUUGUAUAUACUUGUAUGAUUGAUGGUUAUAGUAAAGUGCUUGCAAUGGAUGGUGCACGCUUGAUGAUGGAAGAAAUGGAAAAAAGAAAGCUUAAACCUACUGUAGUAACCUACACAGCUCUCAUUAUUGGAUACCUUAAAACGGGGAUGAGAAGGAAGCUUAUAAUCAUCGUCAAUUACAAGCUCAUCUACCCGAGCGGCACUGUGAUUGCCCACCUCAUCAAUAGCUUGCACAAUCGGGAGGGGAAAAUGAUUGCCAAUAUACUUCCUAUGAGAUAUGGAGCUGAAAAGGAUAUACUGAAAUUUGAUCUUCCAGAUAUGAUAAUUCAACAUCUAGAGAAAAUUGGAGAUUCUGGCUCCUUGACUCCUGGUCAUUCAGAUGGCGAUUCUUCUAACAGAACGGUAUAUGUUGGUGGGCUUGACCCCAAUGUCAGUGAAGAUGAACUUAGAAAAGCCUUUGCCAAAUAUGGUAUGUACCUGAAGCAUUUACAUGAUUUGCUAUUUAUUUUUGUCCAUAACUUUGCUGAAGUGAUGUUUGAGCCGUGUGACUAUUCUUCUAGAACUGAUGCUGAAGAAGCACUACAAGGAUUAAAUGGAUCACUCAUUGGAAAGCAGGCAGUUCGCCUUUCAUGGGGCAGCAGCCCAUCGCAUAGCAGACUAAAAACCAGUUCUCUGAAAAUUGUAACCUUGAUUGCAACUAGCUUACCACAGUUGAGUACUGACAAUUAUGUUCCUACAACCCUAAACAGAAACAAAAGGUAUAAUGCUUUUGUGAAACCAUUUGCUUCCUUCCUCCCCUUACAGUCUUACACCCAUUUCCUUUUCUGUUUCCAGUGGAGGGGUGACUCCGGCAACAGGAGGAACAACAUGUACUAUGGCACACCAUUCUAUGGCGGAUAUGGCUAUGCCUCCCCGGUGCCACACCCAAACAUGUACGCUGCAGCGUAUGGCGCGUACCCGAUGUAUGGCAACCAGCAGCUAGUGAGCUAG